UCGUGUCCUCAGUAAGAUAACAGGGUCCAGAUUUUUAGAGUUUGUAAACAAUAAUGACGGAGGAGGAUAUAUACUGUGACUGCUCCUGUUGUUCUUUGUCCCCUGUGCGGGGGACUGGUGAAGACCAUGGGGACCAGCCAGAACCACAGAGCCAAGAAAUGCGCCCUCUUUUAAGAAACAGACACAGAACCACAGAGGAUCACUUACCGAGGAAAGAUUUUGAGAGCUUAGACUAUGACCGAUGCUUUAACAAGCCAUACGAAGAGUAUCUAAGAAGAUCAGAUGAAAAUAAGUCAUCUACAAGAGUCGAGGUUAUAAAAUGGAUUGUGACUUUUAUGAUAGGAUUUUUGACUGGAAUGGUUGCUUUAUUCAUAGACUAUAUUGUGAAACUGUUGUCUUCUGUUAAAUUCAGUGUCGUUGAAGAUUCUAUAUCAACGUGUUCCCAACAUGGAUGUCUUGUUGUGUCUCUGUUGUUUUUGCUGUUAUUCAACGUUGGUUUUUCCAUAAUUGCUUCUUUUCUGGUUGUCACGGAGCCUGUGGCGGGAGGUUCCGGUAUCCCUGAGAUUAAAUGUUACCUGAAUGGGGUGAAGAUACCCCGUGUUGGCCGCCUGAUGACCCUCAUUUCCAAAGCCGUGGGUGUACUCUUCAGUGUGGCGGGAGGUUUAUUUGUGGGAAAGGAGGGCCCUAUGAUUCACAGUGGAGCUAUCAUAGGAGCAGGUGUCCCCCAAUUUCAAAGUAUUGCGUUCAGAAAGAUCAAUAUUAAAAAGUACAGCUUUUUCAGAACAGAUCGAGACAAGAGAGAUUUCGUGUCCAGCGGAGCAGCAGCAGGUGUUGCAGCUGCAUUUGGAGCCCCAAUUGGCGGGGUGUUGUUCAGUCUUGAGGAGGGGUGUUCCUUCUGGAACCAGAAACUCACAUGGCGAUCUUUUUUUUGCUCCAUGGCUGCGACAUAUAGCUUGAAUUUCUUUCUCUCUGGGAUCAACACAGGAAACUGGGGAUACUUUUAUCUCCCUGGACUCAUCAAUUUUGGAGUGUUUAAGUGCACUAAUGAGAGUGGUAUAGGAUGCCAUCUUUGGAAUGCCGCAGAUUUAGUCGUCUUUAUUUUUAUGGGACUGCUUGGUGGUGUAUUUGGCGCUCUCUUUAACACCAUAAACCUACUUCUAACAAAGCACAGAAUGAAACAUGUCCAGAAGAAACACAAAGGUAUCAGGAUCCUUGAAGCUGUGCUGGUUGCAGCAGUCACCACCACUGUAUCUUUCUCAGCAGCUAUGCUUCUAGGACAGUGCAGAGACAUGCCUUCCAGCAAGGGAAAUGGAACAAUGUCAGUGAUUGACGAUUCUGUGAGAACAUAUUUUUGUCCUGAAGGCUCUUAUAAUGACAUGGCCACCCUUUUCUUUAAUUCUCAAGAAGAAGCAAUCAAACAGUUGUUUCAUCAAGAAGGUAAAUUUAGCCUAGAAACUCUGGGUCUGUUCUUCCUCUUCUUUUUUAUCCUUGCCUGUUGGACAUAUGGCGUUCAUGUUCCCAGCGGUUUGUUUGUCCCUUCUCUUCUCUGUGGAGCCGCUUAUGGACGCUUUGUUGCCACAGUGCUUGUUCAAAUUGGAUAUGCCAAUCAUGAAAACUCAGGCACCUUUGCAUUAAUUGGUGCAGCAGCAUUUCUCGGCGGUGUGGUCAGGAUGACUAUAAGUCUAACAGUAAUUAUGAUAGAAUCCACCAAUGAAAUCAGUUAUGGAUUGCCAAUAAUGCUUGUAUUGAUGGUCGCCAAGUGGUGUGGUGACUACUUUAAUGAGGGUAUAUAUGAUAUACAUAUCAAAUUAAGAGGAGUCCCUCUUUUAGAAUGGGAAGUUCAUCAUGGAACAGAAAGGCUAAAAGCACGGGAUGUCAUGGACAAAUCGCUGAGUUACGUGUUUACAAUAUCACGUGUAUCGUCUCUGAUACGCAUGCUCCGGACAACUGUUCACAACGCAUUCCCAGUUGUCUCAAGAGCCAAAAGCAUGAAUAAUAAUGAAGAAGAUGCAAGUAAGAUAGAGGAUUACAAUGAAGAGACAGAGGAAAGUGAUAUUGGCAGCUCAAUCACACAAAAAUGGCGUUUUAAAGGCUUAAUUAUGAGACACACACUUGUCGCUCUACUGGAUAGAGAUGUGUUCUUUCAAGAACACAAUGGGAGGACCUCACAGCCUGACGUUUCUUAUGAAGAUUUGACAAAGGAUUAUCCGCGAUAUCCUGAUAUACACGACAUCACCAAGCUUUCUGCCAUUCCACAAGACGCGCUUAUGGACAUCAGUGGGUACAUGAAUCCGUGUCCAUAUACAGUGUACCCAAAUACACCUGUACCCCAGGUGUUUAACCUGUUUCGAAGUAUGGGUCUGCGGCACUUGCCAGUUGUUGAUCACACAGGCUUUUUGCUGGGAAUAAUAACACGUCACAACUUAACUCAUGAGUACCUAGAAAUGUGCAAAGAACAAAACGAAGAAUCCACUAACGAAUGAUAACCUGCCAGGAUUCUUAGAGCAAGCUCUGUCUUCACUUAGUAAAAUAUUGAUACAUCUCGUAUCUUAUGACUCUUAUGAUAAAGUACAUUGUAUACAGAUUGCAUGUAUUCUGUGUAAUGAACAAGUUAAUGUUGUUUUUAUUUAUGAAAUAAAUUGCUUCACAGUGUA